AUAGAAACCUUGUGAAGUCAGCUGAACUUUGACCAGGGAACCAGUGAGAACCAGCAGCCCUUAUAAAAUUCAUUUUGUAAAAAAGCUUGAGCUCUGGUGUGUGUUUCCGUUUUGCAAGCUGGUGCAGUGAACAUUAUGAGUGGUAGAGACGUUCUAGUUCUUUUUGAUGUGGAUGGCACCCUCACGCCCUCGAGGUUGGUCAUCAAACCCGAUAUGAAAGAGUUCAUUCUUAAACUCAAAGAGAUUUGUGUGAUUGGAGUCGUUGGAGGCUCUGACUUUGUCAAGAUGGAGGAGCAAAUGGGAGGAGAGGGUUUCACACAGAUGUACGACUAUGUGUUCUCAGAGAAUGGCCUAGUUGCAUUCAAAGAUGGCAAAGAGUUCAGCCGCAUGAGUAUCAAGAAGAAACUCGGUGAAGAAAAAGUAAAGAAAUUUGUCAAUUUUUGUCUCCGCUAUACAGCCGAUCUGGACAUUCCCAAGAAACGUGGCACAUUCAUUGAGUUCAGAGAUGGUCUCAUCAAUGUUUGCCCCGUCGGUCGAAAUUGCACUCAGGAGGAACGAAUGGAGUUCUUCGAAUACGACAAGACGCACAAAAUUCGUGAAACAUUUGUUGAAGCCUGCAAGCAAGAAUUCCCUGAUAUGGGUCUCCAGUUCUCCAUUGGUGGGCAGAUAAGCUUUGAUGUGUUUCCUACCGGCUGGGAUAAGACCUUCUGCCUGGGUCUCAUGGAUUUGACCCAAUUCAAAGAAAUACACUUUUUUGGAGACAAAACGAUGCCUGGAGGAAACGAUUACGAGAUCUACGAGGACCCUCGCACGAUUGGGCACAGGACCACCUCCCCUGAGGACACCAAACAACAGCUGAAGGAACUCUUCUACAAAAACUGAAUUAUCAUUAUAUUAAGUAUGGACUGUUUCAUCUGACUAGUAUUAACUAUAAAGUGUUGUUAUUGAUAUGAUUUAUAGUGUUCACUGCAGUACAUUAA